AUGGAAAAAAAUAUUCAAGACAUACAAUUACUGCAAGAAUAUCUUAAUCAAUGUAAUAAUGAAAUACAAGAAAUUGAUAGAAAAAUGGAAGAGACAGGGGACAGUCUUGAGACGAUAAAAAAUACAAUGAUUCAACAAUCAAAAAUGAUGAAUUCUUUUAUUUCUGAAAAAUCUUUUGAACUAACAAAAAAAAUACAAUGGAAUGGGAAUCAAAACACUACAAAAACGGUAACAGAAGUUCAAGGGAUAGUAGAAGAGUUGAAAGGUAUGGUCACCCAAUUUCAAAAAGUAAAAGAAAUAUAUGUUAUUGAUGACGACAUGGAACCAAUUGUUAUUGACGAUGAUGAGACUAUAUCUGUGUCAUCUCAUUCAACACAAAAAACAAGUAAUACCACCCAAGAAGAAUGGAUUGAAUUAUCUCAAAUCCCAACAUUUAGAAACUGA